AUGUUCCAUUCACUAAUAACUCGUAAACUUACUGUUGAAGUCGGUGCUGCUGAUGGCAACUAUGCUGGACGACCUCGUCGUUCUCAUCACUCUCCCGAUGCUCUGAUAGCAACCUUAAACCCAGAGAUCACUACCCUUUACGAGUUGCUCAAAUAUAAUGCUGCUCGUCUUCCUCCUUCUCAGCCUCUAUUCGGCUCUCGUGAAGUCGUUCGUGUCGUUGAGGAGGAGAAGAUGGUCACCAAGACUGUUGGUGGUGUCGAGACGACUGAAAAAAAGGUCUGGAAGUACUUUGAACUAUCAGAAUUCUCAUGGAUGACAUACAGACAGUGUGCGCAAGAUGCCCUGCAUAUUGGUGCUGGAUUGCGUAAACUAGGUCUCUCCGCUCACUCUAAAGUUGCCAUCUUUGCUUCUACCAGUCGUGACUGGAUGCUCAUGGCCCAUGGCUGCUUCACCCAAAGCAUAACCUUAUCUACUGCCUAUGAUACGCUUGGUGAAGAAGGCCUGACAUUUUCCGUCAAUGAGUGCGAAAUCACCACUCUCUUUACUCAAGCAGAUUUGCUUCCCAUGAUCAAGAAAAUUGGCGACAAAACACCUACUCUUACCAACAUUAUUUACACCGGAAAUGCUACAAAAGAACACAUUUCUGCCAUCAAGGCCGCUCAUUCGCAUCUUCAUCUGUAUACUAUGGAUGAAUUACGGCGUACUGGCAUCGAUAACCCUGUUGAUCCUGUUCCACCUACUCCUGAAGAUUUGUGCUGCAUCAUGUACACGUCUGGGUCAACAGGAAAUCCAAAGGGUGUCAUGCUAUCGCAUGGAAAUCUGAUUUCUGCUGCCGUCAGUGGUUUCAAGACUCAACAUGCCUAUCUUGACAACAAUACUGUUUAUCUUGCUUACUUGCCUCUCGCACACGUUCUUGAAUUCACUGUCGAGCAUAUCUGUAUUUUGGCUGGUGCGUCCCUUGGAUACGGAAGUGUUCGCACCCUUUCUGAUGGAUCCGUGCGCAACUGUAAGGGUGAUAUCCGCGAGCUUCGUCCAACUAUUAUGGUUGGUGUUCCAGCUGUUUGGGAAACUAUCCGCAAAGGAAUUAUAGCAAGACUGGCAGAAAUACCGCCAACACAAAAGGCUGUUUUUGACCUUGCAUUUCAUUUAAAAUGGUCGCUUAUGCAGAUGGGUCUUCCCACUGGAUUUUUGAAUUCUUUGGUAUUUCAUACCGUGCAGAAUCAGACUGGUGGUCGUCUUAAGCUGGCACUUUCUGGAGGUGCACCUAUGGCCCCCGAUACUCAAAAGUUUAUAUCAAUUUGUAUCUGUCCUGUUAUUCAAGGUUAUGGACUUACCGAGACCUGCGGGUAUGGUUUAUACUUAGAUGUCACCAAUCUUGGCAAUGUCGGGGCACCUUUUCCUUGCAAUGAGAUCAAAUUAGUUGCUGUUACCGACACUGCUUACACUCCUUUUCCCCAAGAUCCCAAAAACAAUCCUCGUGGUGAGGUUUGGGCUCGUGGUAAAUCCAUCAUGAAGGGCUACUAUAAGCAACCACAACUUACAGCCGAAUCUAUGACUUCUGAUGGGUGGUUUAUGACGGGCGAUAUUGGCGAGUGGCAUCCAGAUGGAUCUCUUUCAAUUAUUGAUCGCAAAAAAAACUUGGUCAAACUCAACAAUGGCGAAUACGUAGCUCUCGAAAAACUCGAAGCGCUUUACAAAACGUCCAUGUUUUCACUCAAUCUUUGUAUCCAUGCAGAUCCUUUGGAAUCCUUUGUUGUAGGUAUUGUUGUUGUUUCUGAAAAGCAUAUUCGCGAGCAUGCUGUGGGUCUGAAACUUGCUGGCGCCACUACUGCUGAUCUUACUGAGCUAUGUGUGACUCGUGAGGUGGUGACGGCUGUAUUGGAUGAUUUCAAGCGCUUGGCAAAGUCUGCUGGAUUCAAGCCAGCCGAAAUAGUUCAGGCCAUCACACUCACUGCUGAUGAGUGGACCCCAUCGAACGGAUACCUGACAGCAGCUCAAAAAAUCAAACGAGCCGAGGUGUUGAGCAAGUAUAGCGCUGACAUUAAAAAAAUGUACAAGGCCUAA